AUGGCAACUUCUUUGAAGGCAGCCAUUAGAGCAGCCAAGAAUGUUGAGAUCCAACUUAGGGAAAAGGGUUUGGAAAGAUCUGAGGUACGCGAGAAGAGGAAGUUUGAGGGAUCCUCAAGAUCUGAAAAUAAAAAUAGGUUCCUGAAGUCUGACCCCAACAACAAGAAGUAUGGGGAUAGUAAUGAAGAAAGGUGGUGUGACAAAUGCCGAAGGAAACACACUAGGAGAUGUCCUAAAGAGGUGACAUGCUUCAAAUGUGGGAGGACCGGUCACUAUGCCCAUGAAUGCACAACCCAAAGUGAAGUCUGCUUUAAGUAUGGUGGAGAAGGACACUUCAAGCAACACUGCCCGAAUAGGGAAAGGGCAAUGAAGCCAAAUGAACCGCCAAAGCCAAAGCUAAGGGCAUUCCAAAUGAUCCUCGAUGAAGCAGGUGACAAUGCGAGGAAUCAAGGAUGA